AUGGCCAAAGACGCGAAACCCGCACUCGAUACAGAAAUGCCCUCCGCCGAGGAGGAUCUCUACAAGAUUCUAGGCAUCGCAUCUGAUGCCACUACGGAAGCUAUUAAAACCGCAUAUAAGAAGAGUGCCUUGAGAAACCAUCCCGACAAGGUGAGCGAAGAUGCCCGUGAAGCAGCCAACGCAAAAUUCCAGCAGAUCGCACUGGCAUAUGGUGUUCUCUCAGAUCCCCACCGACGAAGCGUAUACGACCGUACCGGCAGCACUGAUGAAGCCUUCGGCGAAGACAGCGACUUCAACUGGAUGGACUUCUACCGCGAACAAUUCUCGGCAAUGAUUGACUCCCACAAGAUUUCGGAAUUCCAGAAGAGCUAUCAGAACUCAGAAGAGGAGAAGAAUGACCUGCUCGCCGCGUAUGAGAUGCACGAGGGUGACAUGGAUGCCAUUUAUGAGACUGUCAUGUUGUCCAAUGUGCUUGAGGACGAUGAACGGUUCCGUGCGAUUAUCGACCAGGCUAUUGCUGAUGAGGAGGUUGAGGAUUUCAAGGCAUAUUCCCAAGAAUCUGAGAGGAAGAAACAGCAGCGUGUGAAGAAGGCACAGAAGGAAGCCGCAGAGGCGGCGAAAGAAAAGAAGAAGAUGGAUGCGAAGAAGAAGAAGAAGGGCGGUGCUGGCUCUACGAGCUCCAGGGGCGCUGGCGAUCUGGAUGCACUUCAAGCUAUUAUUUCUCAGCGCCAAAAGGACCGCGGCGGAGAUUUCCUCUCUAGACUAGAGCAGAAGUAUGCGCAGCCUGGCGACAAGCGCCUUGGGGAUGAUGAGCCUUCCGAGGAGGCUUUUGCUGCUGUUGGUGCUCGUAAGAGCACAAAGCCCAAGUCAAAGAGGGUCAAGGCUUGA